GCUGCCGGAGACCGCGGACGCACCAUGGCCAAGGUCAACAUCCCCACUUUCACGCUCAACAAUGGCAUCCAAAUGCCAGCUCUGGGUUACGGGACGUGGCUCGGUCUCACCCCGGACGGAGAGUUUGACUACUCCGGUUGGGACAAGAUGGUAGACUGCAUCUCGUACGCCAUCGACGUGGGAUACAGACACAUCGACACGGCACACCUGUACAGGAUCGAGCCCGAGAUCGGACAGAUUAUCAAGAAGAAGAUCCAAGAUGGCGUCGUGAAGCGGGAAGACCUUUUUAUCACCACCAAGGUGUGGCCGACGUACGCCACGGAGGCCGACGCGGAGGCCUCGUUGCGCGGCUCCCUGCGCCGUCUAGGCCUCGACUACGUGGACCAGGUGCUCGUGCACUGGCCGAUGUCCUACACUCAAGAAGGGGUAGACCGAAAGGUCGACUACCUAGACACCUGGCGGGUCUUCGAGACCUUCCUCAAAAAGGGUCUGACGCGCUCCAUCGGCGUCUCCAACUUUAACGUUGGACAACUGAAGCGCCUCGUCGCCAAUAGCAACAUCAAACCAGUCACCAAUCAAGUCGAGCUCAACCUCGCUUUCGGCCAGAAGGAGCUAGUCGACUACUGCACCUCUCAGAACAUCAGGGUAGUCGCCUGGGCGCCCUUCGGAGCCAUGAUCCCCAGCCGUGCGGCCCCCGACGCUAAGGGACCGAAGAUGGACGACCCCACCCUCGUCGCUAUUGCCAAGAAAUAUAACAAGUCUGUCACACAAGUCGUGCUCAGAUACUUGUACCAACGAGGCAUCAUCACCCUCCCAAAGACGGUCACACCGAGCCGCGUCGUCGAAAACGCCUCCAUCUUCGACUUCGAACUGUCGCAGUCGGAGUUCGACACAUUAGCGAAGUUCGACAUCAACUACCGCUCGAACAGACCCACGUACUGGCAGGACUUGACCCACUACCCCUUCGAAAAGUACGAUGUUCCCCCCAGUACUAUCCCGAAGUCGAUGCUUAAGUGGAAGAACGGAAGGAAUCAAGAUAUCGAUCAUUUGUGCUUUUGUACUCGAAUCGCCAUGUUGUUAUUAUUGCUGGCCGGCUUGUUCGCUGUGGCGUUAUGUGACGAGAAAGAUGGCGGUAAAGCCCCCAGGCUCCCUCUAAACGAUGGUAACUCCAUGCCCGCAAUGGGGCUUGGCACCUUCCUCGGUUUUGACGAGAACGGGCAGAAGGAAGCAAAAAGCAUGGAGGUGGAGAAUGCCGUGUCGUGGGCACUUGACGCCGGGUACAGGAUGAUAGAUACAGCAUCUGCUUACAACAACGAAGUGCAGGUCGGGAGAGGCGUAAAGAACUCCACAGUUCCUAGGGAACAUGUUUUCCUCGUUACAAAGUUGGGCGGCAACGAGAAGAGAGACGUUGUGGGGGCACUGAGAAAGUCUCUGGAACGCCUCAACAUGAGCUACGUCGAUCUGUACUUGAUUCACAACCCAGUAUCUUUCACGCCAGACCACAAACAGUACGACGUCAUAGACUACCUAGACACCUGGAGACAGAUGGAGCAAACCAAGAAACUGGGGCUGGCCAAGUCUAUCGGAGUAUCCAACUUCAACAUUAGCCAGAUGGAUCGGUUGUUAGCCAACUGCGAGAUCAAACCAUCGGUGCUUCAAGUCGAGGUGAACCUCAACCUCGCUCAGAACGAUAUCCUCCAAUACUGCCAACGUCAUAACAUAGCAGUGAUGGCGUACACGCCAUUCGGAAACCUGUUCAGCGCUGACAAGGCCCCGCCGCCGCCGCGCGCUAGUGAUCCCACGCUCAAAGCGAUGGCCACUAAAUACAAGAAGAGUGUUGCGCAAAUCGUGCUGAGGUAUUUGGUACAAACGGGAGUGGCACCCAUCCCGAAAUCAGUGAACAAGCCCAGGAUCGAACAAAACAUUGAUAUCUUCGACUUUACCCUGACUCCGGAAGAAAUACAGAUCCUGAGUGGCUUCAACAAGAACUACCGUACGGUGUGGCCGAGUUUCUGGCAGGACCACCCCUACUACCCCUUCGAGCAGAAGGCGGUCCCAGACCCGGACUUGUUUAAUCCCAAGACAGAAUAAGAAAGACCCCAAGAGAGAACAAGAAGAGUGUAUCUCUAGAUGAGAAAAUUGAGAAAACAUGGCUUGAAUAUUUCAAUUCAAUAAUGAAUACGGUAGAGUUUUAGAUCUUGUUAAGGGAUUCAAAAGUUUGUACAUAGAUUAACUACCCUUUUUUCUCAUAUAUUUUUAAGAAAGUUGAAUUUAAAUAGUUAAGUAGUUAUCGAGUAUGAAAUAGAAUAUAAAUGAAAACAGUGUAUUAUUUUUUGUAUUUUUUAUUUUGGAGUCAUAAAAUUAUUCGUAAAAA